AGUACACGCCUGGUUUCUGUAAGGAGGGUUCAGUCUUUCGCGCUGCGGAGGGAGGAGGAGAGGGUUCAAGAUGGAGUCCGAUGCACAUGGUGGAGGAGCCACCAGGGCAGCCAAAGAAGAAGCCAAAGAAGCCAAAAAAGACCCAGGUGCCGUGGAAUUUGCAGCGGGCACAGCACAUGGUAGCCACAGAGUGCCGGGUGGUGCUGGUGGCCAGGAUGACCCUGGUGAUGCAGCUUGCCCUGGUGACGUCGUCGGUCGCAGGGUUCAUGGAGGCGCUGGUGACCUGGCUGGUCCCAGAGGCCCCAGCGCUGCAGGAGACCCAGGGGGCACAGCUGGUGCCAUUCUGCAGAUCUCGGGGCCACCUCACGCUCCAGGGCCUAGUGGAGAUGCUGCUUCUGGAGCCGCAGUUCUGAGUAACCGAGACCUCCGGUUCAGCCUCACUGUGCCUUUCUCAUCACACGCGGAAGCUGACAUCGCCCGCCACUUCCUGACUCCACGUACUCAACUGCGAGGGCCGAUUCGGAAGGAGCUCGAUGUUAAUGGCCGCAUGCUGGUUCUCCGAUUGACUGCUGAAGACCCUGGCCUGCUCCAGAGCUCCAUCGUUUUCUGUCUGGAGCAGCUUUCCCUGGUGAUGCGGUCCUUGCAGCACUUUGGGGCUCCUCUUUCUCAGCACAGAAGAGGGGUUUAAACCUAGCCUAUGUGCCCUAGCUUCAAGUGUCCUUCCCCAGGGGAUUGCUUUCUGCAGUACUUUGAUUGGGCUUCAUCUUAUGUCUGUGCUGAUUUUGGCGGCUCAGUGUCUACAUAGUUUGUUUGGUGAUUGUUAACUGCAAAAAAUAAAACUGAGCUAUUGUGCUGUCUCUGACUUU